AUGAGAUCAUCCUUCCUUCACAAUGCCCUUCUCAUACUCUCCUUUUACAGUUUAACUAUGGCAGCACUGAAUUCGAAUCCCUCAUCGCCGCCACAAGACGAUGGUGUAUCGUUGUUAGCGUUUAAAUCUGAAGCUGAUCCCAGUAACAAGCUUGGCUACUCCGUCGACAAGAGCUCCGCCGUCUGCAAAUGGCAGGGAGUACAAUGCCAGAUCGACGGCAAGGUCGGACGACUUGUUCUUGAGAACUUGAAUCUCGCCGGUGUUUUUGCUGCAAACACUUUGAGUCGGUUGGACCAGUUACGGGUUUUGAGUCUGCGAAACAACUCGCUCACCGGACCCAUCCCUGAUCUCGCCGGACUAGUUAACCUCAAAGCAUUGUUUCUUGAUCAUAACUACUUUUCUGGUGGUAUUCCGUCGUCAAUCUCCACCCUCCACCGCCUCCGGACUCUGGAUCUUUCUUACAACAAAUUAUCCGGUGUUAUUCCAGUUGAGUUAAGCGAUUUAGACCGAUUAAACUACCUUCGUCUCGAUUCAAAUCGUUUCAGUGGUUCGAUUCCACCGCUCAAUCAAUCAUCUCUUCAAAUCUUCAACGUUUCGAUUAAUUUUCUAACUGGUCCUGUUCCGGUGACUCCUACACUUUCUCGGUUUGGUCCGGCUUUGUUUUCGAUUAACCCCCGAUUGUGUGGUAAGAUCGUUCGCACAGAAUGCGGUUCGGGCGGACCAUUUUUUGGCAAAAAUUCGACCACGAAUCAGCCAUCAUCGUCGCCUCCGGUGGUGGCGAGUGGCCAAAGCGCACAAGUACAGCCGGAGAUCGGUGGUUUUACAAAUUCGAACUCUACAAAGCAAAAACGACUUGGAUUGAUCGUUGGUUUCUCCGCCGGAUUGUUCUUAUUGGUUACUUCCGUUUUAUGUAUAAUAAUGUUGAUUAAGACGUCGGAGAAGAAGAAGAGAAAGAGUACUGUUACGAAGCGUGAAAUGAUGGAGAUGGCGGAGGCGGCGGAUGCGGCGGCAGAGGUGAUGAGAAUGGAGGAUGCCAACGAGUUGGAAAAGAAGGUGAGAAAGCUGCAUCAAGGGAUUGCAUUGAAAAAGAGUGGGAAUCUGGUGUUCUACACCGGCGAAUCGCAACUGUACACGGUGGAGCAGCUGAUGAGGGCGUCGGCGGAGCUGCUAGGCAGCGGAUCAGUGGGGACGACGUACAAGGCGUUGCUGGACAACGGUGUGAUCCUGUGCGUGAAGCGGUUAGAUGCCUCGAGAUUGGCCGGAACCACCAAUGAGGCGUUUCAGAGACACAUGGAGGUGGUAGGUACGCUGCGCCACCCAAAUGUGGUGGCGCUCAGAGCUUAUUUUCAGGCGAAGGAAGAGAAGCUUCUUGUUUACGAUUACCAGCCAAACGGAAGUCUCUUCUCACUCGUUCACGGUUCAAAGUCGACAAUGGCAAAGCCGCUGCACUGGACGUCCUGUUUGAAAAUAGCAGAAGAUGUAGCACAAGGGGUUUCUUAUCUCCACCAAGCAUGCAGCCUCGUCCAUGGCAAUCUUAAAUCAUCCAACGUCCUUCUCGGCUCCGAUUUCGAAGCCUGUCUCUCCGACUACUGCCUCUCCUCCCUCUUCCACCACCUCCCAGAUGACGGCGACGGCGACCCCUACAAGGCACCAGAAACAGGCACAGACGAUGAACCAACCACCAAAUCGGACGUUUACUCAUUUGGGGUUUUAUUGUUUGAGUUACUGACAGGGAAAAGUGCGUCGGAGCAGCCAGAUUUGUUGCCGGAUGAUGUGGUGAAGUGGGUGAGGUCGAGUAGGGAUAGUAAUGGUGGCGGAGGCAUGGCGGAAAAGCCACUGGAAAUGAUUACAGAGGUGGCGAUAGCGUGUACGGUGAGGUCACCGGAGCUGAGACCCACCAUGUGGCAAGUAAUAAAGAUGCUACAAGAGAUAAAAGAAGCUGCGAUAAUGGAGGAUUGUGGAAUUGUGACCUCAUAGUCAUAGUCAUAAAGCCAUAGGAGACGGGUGAAUGGCAAGAAAGAAUUUGUUUUUAACUGCAUUUAUAGUUACA